AUGAAUUCGAACAACUUUUUUGUGAUUACCACACAACAGGGAAAUGAAGGUAUUAUUUUCAACGAUUAUCAUUUCGGAUUGAAACGAACAAACAAAGAUGAGAGCAAAAUGUGGGCCUGUAUUAAGAAACUAUGCAAAGCUUCAAUCGAAACCCAAGCAUCUUCUAUUAUUAAAAUGAAAUGCAUUAACCCAGAUGGAACUCAUGAAAUCGAUAAAGAACCAACAGCAUCAGUUUCUAUGUUAUACGAUGAACAAGUGAAAAAAUUCAGACGUACCAAUGGUAAUGUCAGUGCAGUUCCUGUAUUUGAUCGUAUGAAAUCUUCUUUACAUCACUAUCGUUCGUCGAAACAACGGAAAAUUCCAAAAGAUUCAUCAUCAAUCGUGGGUGUUGAAGCACGUCGUCAAAUAGGAAACAUAUUAUCCUUGCCUUUAUUACCACGUCAAGAAAUUCAAACAGCAUUUUGUGAUAUUAUUGAAGAAUUUAGUGGUAUCAGUUCUCGUUUUCUCAAGUUAACAGAUUAUAUUCUUCGAACAUACAUUGCCCAUGCAGUUUUUCCUCCUUCCUUUUGGGAUGUUUUCGAUCUUAUUGGAAUCCGACCAAAAACUAAUAAUCAUGCAGAAGGUUAA